AUGGCGGUGGCAGAUGUGAAGUUAAAUUCACCAACUCAAACAAACAGUCAAAGUGUUAUUGUCAAUGUCAAAGACAGAGAUGUUGAAGUGGGGAAACCAUACGAAGACGAAGAUGGUAUAACAAUUGUUCCUGUAAAAGAACAACCAACAUAUCCUGAAGUUAGCAGAGACUUAAGUUCUGUUGCAGAUAUUCGAAAUGACUACCAACAACUUAAAGACAAACUUCAAACUCAGGAGAAGAUUUGUCAAGCUUUAAGUAUAAUGUUAAACUUGGUCGAACACAACCCUGUAAAAGUGAACUCAUAUGUCAUUGCACCUCAUGAAGUUUUGAAAGAACUAUUGAAACUUUUGACAGAGGCAGACGAUAUAAACAUCAAAGAAAUAG